GUGAAUUCAGUACAUAGUACCAUGAUGUAUCUUUAAGUAAGUGUUUAUUCCUAUGAGAAUGAGCAAAUUAACCUUUCCCUGGAUAUAUUCCUCAGCUGAAGAACAACGAUAAUGAACAACAAAAGUUUAGAAGGUAGAAAUAUUCGAGUCACUGUGCACAGUGGUCCACAGAUCAAUAUUCUUAGGAGAUCUGCGUCACCACAAGGAGGAGGAGGAGGAAGAAUAAAACUAUCCUAUUUUCGACAUGGAUCAGUAUCACCACCUCGAACGACAAAUGCUAAUUACAAUGCAAAUAAUACUACAACAUUGUCACAAGUUAGAUGUAUUCGACGUCAGAAUAGUCUAGUGAUACAAAGAAAACCCACUACAAAUCAUUCUUCAUACGACAUGAAUUUUAAAUGUCAACAAAAUACACAACCAACACGACUCGUAAUGGACAUACAUACAAGUGGAAUGACAAACGCAGGACGUCUGAAAAAUAACCAAUACGAAAGAUCAAUGCAGAAUACAGCUCUCACCCCAAAUACCAAUGGUAGUAGUAUAGCCAUCAUGAUUGGCGCAUCUAACUCCUCAACAACUUCCAAUAGAAUAGUAUCAGACAACAAUAAUAAUAAUAAUAAAUGGUUAAAUCGUGACUCAUCGUCAUUAUCAAAUAGUAAUCCAGUCUCGCCAAUAGUCCGGAUUGGAGAACAAAGUUUAUAUGACCUUGGCAUAUCGGUCGAUAGAAAUCCAGUCUCUCUCUCACCUAGUCAGACUGACAAUCAAACUUGUGGACUGAAUUUCUCUGCCCUACCAAGGUUGUCUGAGGCAUCGUCAAUAAUACAACAGCCUAUUGUUCGUUGUCCUGUUUCUCCAGUUGCAAUUUCAGUUAGCGGGUCAGCUACAUUAUUUCUAACUGGAAAUAAUGGUGGUACUAUUUCGUUGUACCAAAAAUCUAGUAACAAUAAUAAUAGUAAUGAACAGAUUACACAACAAGUCUCGCCAACAAGUGUAAAUGUCCAUGUAAAUAGUCGUCGACCCCCACUGCCUCGUUUUGAAUCUACUUGUAACAAGAAAGGUGGUCAUAGUGUGGUGCGUAUUACUGCACUGCAUAAUUUACGUCCUACUACUACUACCCCGACAAAAUUUUCCCCUAGUGUGCGAAAUCGUCCAGAAUUAUUACGGCCAUCUGGGUCCUAUGAUAACUUAUUAUGCAACGGUGCAGUACGACGUUGUAGUUUAACGGAACAAAAUUUUCAGCGUCCUAAAUUACGGUGUUUCAGUGUACUAACUACUAACACAUCCUCCUCCUCCUCUUCGAAUCCAUCUCAACGAUUUUUUCACUCAUCUUCUGAUCAUUACGUGAACGCCAUGCCCAAUGCUCAGUCUAUGGGAAUUGAAGAUAUAAUAAAACCGAAUUGUUCACCACAGGCUCGAUUGUCAACGCCCACAAUGAUUAACGAAACCUCUGAACAAGGAAGUCAGGAUUUACGAAUGUUGUUAAAUUCUCGAAGACCACGGAAUAGUGUUUCAUCUAUGCGUCAACAAAAUAUGACACCCGGUGGAAAUAAGAUUACAACGUCUAAUACGUCGGAUCAAUUGAGAAAUAUUCGUUCUAAUGUUUCUGGAAAUAAUCCAAAUUAUUUUCGAAUACAAAUCCCCAGUACACGUGCAAUAUCUCGACCUAAAGGAUUUGCUAUGACGGAUAGUCUUAAACUGUAUGAAGAACAGAUUUUCAGUCAUUGUCAACCACAUCAACGACCACAGUCAUGGUGCCUGGAUUUUGAUCAACCCCGUGAUGAACAUAAUCCAGUGGAUGAUUCACAUUCUAGUUCCCCAGCGUCCACGGUAUCAUCAUCAUUCUCUUCAUCAUCCUCAUCUGAUACUUCCCAGUUAUUAUCAUCAUCACAUAAUCAUGCUGAUCUCAGAAGGAUCAGAAAUCCUCCUUAUUAUAGUAAGUGCUUUCAUAUUGAUUUCUGAAUGUUUCUAAUGUUUGCAAGUUGCCUAUUCUUAUUUUGUUUUGUUAAAGUGGAAGAACCACAUUCAUCUUUAUUCAUUGGUCUGAAGACGUAGGAUAAUAAGUCAUAUACUUGUCUUCUAAA